AUGAGAUUGUUGUCGGGCUAUUUUCUGUUGAUCCUCAAAUAUGUUCAUAAAGUGUAAAUCAAUUUUCAACUUGUGAAUAGAAUCAGAACCAUUGAUUAGCUUUGGUGGAUAUUAAUUAAAUAGUCAUUAAUUGGCAUUUAUGUGUUUUUGACAUAGCAUAUUUUAAAUACUGGCGGUAUUGCCAGUAUCAAAUGUGAAUUACCAUUUUUAGAAUAUUUAUAUACUAUAUAAAAUGUGGAUUAAUGUCAAUUUAAAGAAGGGAAAUUUUUGUUGUGUUCAUUAUCGUUUAGAUUUCUAUGGAGCAGACAAUUGUAGAUGAGUUUCUAACCUAUCAGAUGA